AUGGACCAAGCUGAUACUUCACCCCCACUGGACCACCUGCAGGACAACGAGGGAAUGCAGGAAGAUGAGGGAAUGCAGGAUGAUGAAGGAAUGCAGGAUGAUGAUGAGGGAAUGUGGGAUGACAUAGAGGUCCUCGAUACCCCUCCAAAAGUUGUAAGAAAAAAACAGUGGAUUUUUGUAUCGCCCUCACCCUCUCCCCCUCCUGACCCAGAACCCUUCUAUAUGCCUGUAAAGGUACCUACUGCCACCUACAACAAUCAUUCAGCAUUCGCCCACCAGGCUGGCAGCUACAGGGGGCAACACAAACCUCCAUUGAUGUCACACAGUAUGUCAACCCCUUCAUCCACAGCUCACAACACAGUUUCGUCAUUGUCAACCCCACAGAUGUUGUUAUUGGCGCAACCAAAUGGCAGGAUGAAGAAAAAGAAAGCAAAAUCGGAUGUACAGGAUCAAGUAGAUAAUCUGGCAGGGGAAAUUGGUAGCAUCCAGUCCAAUGUCAUGUCCAUCUGCGACUCAAAGCAUCAAUGA